CACGCUUGCCCUACGUGCAGUGACGGAUUACGUACGCUCGCGAGGAGAGUCCUCUUCAGAGGCGGUUUCUCGAUCGGCCGCCGUGUUGGUUAUGGCUUCCGCAGCCGCUUGUCUCCGAGGCGCACACGGUCUGGACUGAUCUGUGGAGUUCGGAAGGGCCUACCUUGAUCGAGGGGCGUAACGCAGAUACAGCGGGCGGUGUUUGAAGAUGACCCUAAACUAUGUGUCCCUGUCCGCCGGCGAUCAAGGGUACAGGAUGGCCCACCGUCCCACUCCUGGCGACCUCAGCUCGUCGGCCUUUGCGUUGGCGAUGGUGUCUGGAGAUAACUUUUUCGUGACCAGGCCUGGGGCAGUUUACCCAGGACCUGUUCCUCGGCAGACCGUACGCCCAAGCGUUCGCAACGAGAGCCGUCGGCUAACUGGUGGAGGUCGGGGCCCUACCCGCCUGAUAAAGGGAAGGGAACCAGAAGGCCGGAACCGAGGCCGCCAAGCCAGAUUCUUACCUUACCCUGCGCGUGGAGUUAAACUUGAUCUCUUAAGAAGUGUGUUGCAACAGCGUCUGAUAGCAUUUGGAGGUGUCAUCGCAGCCUGAAUCCCAGCUUAAAACGAUGUCUCCCUCUGCCACCCUUGAUUAGCUUAUGAAUAAGGCUUUUCCAAAAUCCUUUCUUGGUGCAUUCGCAGUCUUAUUUUUAGAAGAAUGUGUUUUCAUUUUAAUGUAAAAAAUACGUAGGGGUUCUGUUGACAGCCUAUUCAAAGGAAUAUUUUACUAUUAAAUCAGAUGGGUUUCUGCGACCAAAAUGAUUAGAUCAGGAAGAGAGAGAAGAGAUUAUUUCUUAGGUAGACACAAAGCUGAGCUGAUUAGGCCACCCUCCCCCAGGUCGACAGUUCUUUUAUUCACACUUUGUUCAUUCCAGUAGUGAAUCCAAACUUGACUGAUUUCCACAAGUAGUACCCUUUCCCCUCUCACCACCUGAUUCUCCUACUUCGAGGCUUCUAGUUCAAGCUUCCUUAACUGCCCCUGCCUCAGUAUCUUACUCUUUACCUUUACUUCUGUUGGUGAAGAAGAAAUGCUUCCUUACUUACUUCUUCCACCUAUGACCCGACAUUUGCCCUUCCAUCUUUUCCCCAACACUUAACAUCUUCCAUCAGCCCUCCCGUCACCUUUUCUAAAGGACUAUUUACAGACGAGCUCCAAUCUCAACUAGACUCAAAACAACAAAAAUAAAACCUAAAGCUUUCUGUUCUUUCAAAUUAUUAAGCCAAUGUACGUUCCUUUCUUUGCCAACUGCUUAAUAUUAGUUUUUACACGUAUUUGUCAUUUUAUUAUUCACAUUAGAUAUCAGCUCCUCAAUCCCUGCUGUCCCGAAACACUGGUGGAAACCAUAGUCCUACGGUCUCCUACCAUAAAGCUGUUUGUCUCUGUUCAAACUACAGCAUCUUCCUUGAAACUUCUUGUUGGUCUUUGCUCAACUGUUCAACAAUAUUCGAGUGUCUUCUUGUGAUAAUCACUGUGGAUGAACUUCCUGCCAUCAAGGAGUAAACUAGAUGAGGAGGCUAAUAAAUGUAAUCACCAUACUGGUCUCUUCAAUAGUUGGAGUGAUAAGAAAAAGCACUGGUUGCAAUGACUUUCCGUAAUACUAUACCAUCCUGGUUCUUUCCUUACGGUGAACCUUGUCUGUUAGACUUUCUUAAAGUAAUUAUGUUCAGAUAAAGCAAAAUUACCACAUACCUCACAGCAUUGAAUUGUUAGAGCCACAUCUUAGGAAGAAUGUUGAUAAACCAGAGAGCUUCCAUAAGAGUGAAUAUAGUGAGAGGUCUGGAAACUAGGUCAUAGGAAGAACGAUUGCAAGAAUAAUAUCUAGCUUUUAUCAAGUGCUAUGUACAAGACAGUGUGGGAGGGGCUUUUACUGACUGUUCGCAAUUAUUUAUCGAGGACUUAUUCUGUGCCUGCUAUUGUGCCAGGCGCUGA